AUGGAUGAACCGGCUCAGGAGCCAAGCCCAGCAGCGCAGGAGAUUUCGUUUCUGUCGCCCGAGUCCUUUUCCACCCUUGACGAAUAUUCCAAAAACCCACGGUUUAUCGAAUUACAGGAAGAAUUACGCGGCGUUUUAUUUGCGCGUGCCUCUGGCGAGAAUCUGAGCCUCGAUGCCGUCCCUGAUCAACAUGCUGGCGACGCCGAGGACGCCGAGCAGCAGCAACAGCAACAGCAGCAGCAGCAACAGCAGUCAGAGCACAAACGCGGCUUCGACUUUGGCCGAGUCUGCAUACCCAAAAUCAAGCUCAUCGACUAUCUCAAGAACUGGAUCAUCGAGUGCGCCCCGUACCUCGACAAGUUUGACCACGCGCGGCACUUUGCCAUGCGCGUGCCCGUCAUGGCCGAGAGCUCGCCCGCGCUCUUCUACGCCGUGCUCGCCUUUUCCGCGCGGCAGACGGAGCGCAAGGCCAGGUCCGACCGCAACUACGACAGCCUGGAGCUGUACCAAGAGUCCAUCCGGCUGCUCAUCGCGCCGGGCAUGCAGGCCAAAAAGGACUCCAACAUGCUGGUGACGGCGUGCAUACUCGCCGUCAUGGAGCUCAUGUCGGGCAGCCCGCGCAACUGGAGACGCCACAUUGAGGGGUGCGCGGCGCUGUUUGACCUGUUCCAGGUGAAUGGCUUCUCGGGCGGCGUGCUGCAGGCCGUGUUUUGGUGCUACGCGCGCAUGGAAGUCUGCGGCGCCAUCAUUUCCGCCGGCGCCGAGAGCACCGUGCUCGCGCUGCGCAACUGGGCGCCCUCGGUUCCUCCUGGCCGUCGUGCUCCUGCAGGUGCUGAGGCUGAUGCAUAUCAUGUGCGGAAUGCCUUUUAUCAGAGCAGCUUGCAGGACAGCGACAUGCAUGCGAAUUGGGCCGUGUAUCUCUGCGCCAAGGCCUGCGAUUUGCUCUACAGGCACACGCGAGCAACAGAGCUGCAGGAGCCCGAUCGGCAGGAUACGAGACCAUUCAGAGCGCAGUGGAUUUCUCUUUGGGAAGAGCUCCAAUUCUGGUACAGCACAAGAUCGGAUAUUUCGCUGCCGACGCUCACCUCGGAAGACAAUGGACAGACUUUUCCCACCAUUCUAUUUGCGCACUGGCCCGCGAUAUCCUCCAACCAGGUAUACCAUGCCACUUGUCUCAUCAUGCUCGACAUGCGGCCGCGGCUCGAGUCUGUUUCUUCGCCAGAGGGCUCCGCAGUGUGGCAUGCACGCCGCGUGUGCGGCAUCUCUUUGACGAAUCCGCACCGCGCCAGCCUCAUCAACGCCAUCCAGCCGCUUUAUCUAGCUGGCAGGCUGCUUACACAUACCGCAGAGCACAUCGCCGUAGGGAAACUGUUCAAAAUCAUCGAGGAGACGACGGGCUGGGGCGCGCUGUGGAGGCUGCGCGAUCUGGAGAUUGUUUGGGGAUAUGUGCCCGGCGAAAUCAUGGCCGCAAUGGGCUGA